AUGGACGUGAAGUCAACGAAAUCCUCGCCGGUUCUCGCAGGCCCCGUGCCGAUAAAAGAAGAAUCGAAUCUCGGGAUCAAAUCUGGAGGGUUGUCAUUCUCUAGAAGCAUCCCCACCGUUACAAGGAAAAACCUCGAUGAUGUAUGUUCCAAUGGUUGUUUGGAUGCCAUGAGAUCAUCCUCUCCUCCUCGCAAGAAUAUCUCGAAAGAUUUCGACGGUUUUGCCGAUAAUGUCAUGGACAAUGCGGAAAUUUCAUAUCUCUCUUGGAUGAUUAAGUACCCAUCAGCUCUUGAUUCGUUCCAAACGAUCGUGGAUCGAGCGAGGGGUGGGAAAUUGGUCGUUUUUCUUGACUAUGACGGCACUCUUUCGCCCAUCGUGGAUGACCCGGAUCGAGCUUUUAUGUCCAAUGACAUGCGAUAUGUUGUAAGGAGCGUCGCGGAACAUUUCCCGACCGCGAUCAUAAGUGGAAGAAGCCGUGAUAAGGUUUACGAAUUGGUCGGACUCAGUGAACUCUAUUAUGCCGGUAGUCAUGGAAUGGACAUCAUUUUUCCGGCCAAAGGCAUGGUUAAUCUCAAAAAUCACUCAAAUUGUGCCAAAUUUACCGAUUGCAAGGGAAAAGAGGUUAAUUUAUUCCAACCGGCUAGUGAAUUUAUACCCAUGAUCGACGAGGUUUUCAGAAAGUUUGUUGAGAUUACACAAGACAUAGAAGGCUCGAAAGUUGAGAACCAUAAGUUUUGUGUCUCUGUACAUUACCGCAAUGUAGAUGAGAAUAGGUGGCCUGUAAUUGCGCAAUAUGUUCAUGAUAUUUUGAUCGACUACCCUAGGCUUCGGCUAACUCAUGGACGAAAGGUUUUGGAGGUUCGUCCGGUGAUCGACUGGGACAAAGGGAGAGCAGUCGAGUUUCUUCUUGAAUCGCUAGGAUUUAGCAACGAUAAUGAGGUUCUCCCGGUUUAUAUUGGAGAUGACAAAACGGAUGAAGAUGCAUUCAAGGUGCUAAGGAAGAAAAAUCGUGGCUAUGGUAUACUUGUAUCCAACGUGCCCAAAGAAAGUGAUGCAUUUUUCUCUCUUAGGGAUACUUUAGAGGUUCAAGAUUUUCUGGAAUCACUUGUGAAAAUGACUGAGAAAGAUGCAAAGACAGAUGAAAAAGUACAGAUAAUACAGACUAAUUGUGAUAUUAAACAAUAG